CAAAACAAAAUAGCGCAAAAUAUAUUCAGCGAGUCCGCGGUUUCUCAUCAUUUCUUCUUCGUCGCUUUCCACCAUCGCAUUUUGGGCCUCCGUUUCUCAGUUCCUCAGUUCAGCAAGAUAAUCCGAGAAGGACGGUACUAAUCUCGAAAACUAGGAUCUAGAAACUAAGUAUUUGAAAUUUCUGUGUAUUAUAAAGUGUUAAAUGCUUAGGGGACACCGAAUGCUCGUAUCAAACACACACACAACGAAAUCUAAAGAAGGUUCUUUGGAAGCAGAACAAGGAAAAUGCUGAUUUUCUAUGCGAAGUACGCAUUUUUCUUCUGGUUUUUCGUGGGAAGCAAUCAAGGUGAAAUGUUGCUAAUGGACAAAAUCUCGCACGAUCUCCUCCUCAACAUCACCGCCUGCACCCAGAAUUUCCUGGAAAGUGGAAAGAAGGAUUUCCAAAGCUGCUUCAAGGACUGCAGGAUUAAUGGCACAUUUCCCGGGGCUUUACGCAAGGUGCAGGAUAACUACCAGUUGAACAUGCUGUGCCACACGGAGUCCGAAAUCGUUUUCCAAAUAGAUUGGGUGCAGCACAGCAGGGGAAACGAGCCGGCUCCAAAUGCCACUUACAUAAUCAGGUUGGAUGCUGUCAAGGACGAAAACAAAGAAACUACGCUAUACCUGUCUGAUGAUAACUUUCUCAUCCUUCCGGGCUUGGAGUCCAACUCCAGCCACAAUAUCACCGUCCUGGCGAUGCACGGAGAUGGAAGCUACUCCCUGAUAGCGAAGGACCAGACCUUCGCCACCCUCAUCCGAGGCUAUCAGCCCAGCAAAAUGGGAGCGGUGAAUCUGUUGCGGUUUGUGCCUCAGGUUGAAGACCUGCAUCACAUUGCUGCCGAAAUUGAGUGGAAGCCAUCUGCAGAAAGCAACUGCUAUUUCGACAUGGUGUCGUAUUCAACUAACAGUGUGAACAUGGACGAGCCACAGGAGGUGCAGUUCCGGGAUCGCAAAAAGCUGUACAGGCACACGGUGGACAACUUGGAGUUUGACAAACAAUAUCAUGUAGGCGUUAGAACGGUGAACAUAAUGAAUCGACUGGAGAGCGAUCUGCAAUGGCUGCCAAUUGUAGCUCCAAGCUGCUUGGAUUGGUAUCCUUAUAACUACACACUCUGCCCUCCCCAUAAGCCCGAGAAUCUUACUGUGACACAGAAGCAUUAUCUGCCAAAUACGUUGGCUCUUAACAUCACCUGGUCGCGACCCAGUUACCUGCCGGAUAGCUAUACACUGCACAUAUUUGAUCUGUUUAAAGGAGGUAUGGAGCUUAACUAUACACUUAACAAAAACAGGAGCCACUUUUAUGUACCCAAGAUCACGAUACUGGGUUCCCAUUUCGAAGUACAUUUGGUGGCCCAGUCGGCAGGCGGAAAAAACGUAUCCGGUUUGACCUUAGACAAGGUUCCUCGAGGUGUGUUGCUGAGCGAGGGCAACAUGGUCAAGCUGGUACUCUUCAUAAUAGUGCCAAUUUGCUGCAUUUUGAUGCUGUGCUCCCUGACUUUUUGCAGACGAAAUCGAAUGGAGGCUCAGGCGCUGCAAAUGGAGCCUAAGGACGCCAAGGCCAGUGAAUUUCAUAUCUCCCUGAUGGAAAGCAGUGGAUUGCUAGUCACCCUCUCGGCCAACGAAAGCAUGGAAGUAAUGGACGAGCUGGAGGUAGAGCCACACUCGGUGCUCCUCCAGGAUGUCCUCGGCGAGGGAGCCUUUGGCUUGGUGCGACGUGGAGUUUACAAGAAACGCCAAGUGGCCGUCAAGUUGCUGAAAGAUGAACCAAAUGAAGAGGACGUAUAUGCGUUCAAGUGCGAAAUUCAGAUGCUCAAGGCCGUGGGCAAGCACCCAAAUAUUGUGGGUAUCGUGGGAUACUCCACUCGGUUUAGCAACCAGAUGAUGCUGCUAAUUGAAUACUGCAGCCUUGGAAGCCUGCAGAACUUUUUACGUGAGGAGUGGAAGUUUAGGCAGGAGCAAAAUGCAAUAGGACUUAUGAACAACCUUCAGCGGAACGUGGACAACCGACGGUUUCAACGACCCCCUCGAAAUUCCAUCCAUGAUCGCAUAGAGGAUAUCAACAACUCGAUGCUGUCCACUGUGGAAGAGGAGAGUGAAUCGGAUCGGACACAUUCAAGUCGAUGUGAGACCUACACCCUCACUCGAAUCACCAAUGCAGCCGACAACAAGGGCUAUGGCAUGGAGUAUAUUGAAAACAUUGGUGGCAGUCUCAUUCCGAAAGCAGCAGAAGCUCCAAUGGACCAGUCAAAACAGAAGCUAAGGCCGGAGCUUAAGGAAGACCAGAAGCAGGAUUUAAAAUUGGAUAGCAAGAAAAGAAUCUUUGAGAACAAGGAAUACUUUGAUUGCCUAGAUUCUUCGGAUACAAAACCCAGAGUACCACUAAAAUACGCAGAUUUGCUAGACAUCGCCCAACAGGUGGCGGUGGGAAUGGAAUUUCUAGCACAGAACAAAGUAGUGCAUCGAGAUCUGGCUGCCCGCAAUGUUCUAAUCUCCGUAGAUCGCAGCAUCAAGAUAGCAGAUUUUGGGCUGAGUCGAGAUGUGUAUCAUGAGAACGUGUAUCGAAAGUCCGGAGGAAGUGGCAAACUGCCCAUCAAGUGGCUAGCGCUGGAGUCCCUCACUCAUCAGGUGUACACUAGCCAGAGCGAUGUGUGGUCAUUUGGUGUACUGCUCUAUGAGAUUACUACUCUCGGUGGAAUGCCGUACCCAUCGGUGUCACCCAGUGAUCUCUUGCAGUUACUACGACAAGGUCAUCGGAUGCAGCGACCGGAUGGAUGUACGCAGGAAAUGUUUUCUCUGAUGGAAAGUUGCUGGAGCUCCAUGCCAUCACACAGACCAACAUUUUCCAGUCUUAGGCGCAGACUUGGUGUCAUGAUCUUGGCUACUAACGAUGUUCCAGAAAGGUUGAAACAGCUGCAAGCAGAAACUGAGUCAAAAUUAAAGUCAUGUGACGUUAUAAACAGUAAAAGGGGACAAUUUCUCUGCGAGGAAGAGCUGUACCUAGAACCUUUGAAUUAAUCUUUAUUGUAAAGCAAUACUGGAACUUUAAGAGGAUACUGGAAGAGUGCAAAGCAUUAUAAAUUCGAGUUCCAAUUCAGACAAUGCUAGGCGGCAGAUAACUUGACAUAGCAAUAAACAUUAAAGAUAGCCAUUUCAAAAGGUUUGU